UAAUGCAGAUUUGAAUAGAAAGAAUAGCUAGAGUAUAAGAUACUUUCUGUUGCAGCUAGGACUUUUUCUAAUGUUGUUCUUUUGCGAAUCAUCUUAAAAUUUGCGCCAAAAUAAUACAUGUUUAUCUUUAAACCGUUUUUUGUUUCCAGAAUAAAUAUAGUUUGUAGAAAUAUAAGUACAAAAAUGACACCAAAUAAAAAUCGAGGUGCUUUAGUCGUGUUAGAAGGUUGUGAUCGAGCUGGAAAAACAACACAAUGUAAAAGAAUAGUGGAACUUCUUACAAACGCCGGACACAAGGCAAAAUUCAUGAACUUUCCCGAUCGCUCAACUCACUGCGGCGCACUGAUAAACUCGUAUCUAACGAAACAAGAGAACUUCAAUGAUCAAUGCAUACAUCUACUGUUCACUUUCAAUCGCUGGGAACUCAAGCAUAAAAUGGAACAAUUGCUUCAGGAUGGCGUUUCUCUAAUCGUAGACAGGUAUUCCUAUUCUGGCGUGGCAUUCAGCGCAGCUAAAGGUCUCGAUGUAGAAUGGUGUAAAGGACCCGAGACUGGCUUACUCAAGCCAGACCUUGUAAUUUUACUAACACUUAGUGCGGAGGCCAUGGCGAAGCGUGGCGGCUUCGGUGAUGAACGAUAUGAAGUACCGGAACUGCAACGAAAAGUGAUGGAAAAGUUUCUUGCUCUGAAAGAUGAUAGUUACUGGCAUGUUCUUAAUGCUGAUAAGAAUGAAGAAACGUUAACUACAGAGUUAGGUGAAUUAGUACUGAGUUCGAUCAACUCAUGUGGCUCUAAACCAUUGGAAGCGUUAUGGUAAUCUAGAUAUAAAUUGUAUAUUGGGUAUAAUGUAUAUGUAAAGAGAAUAAAACCAAUAACUAGUAAUCAUAAUUCACUCUAGUUUAUAGUUUUCAAAAUGUUACGCAUUUAAUUAAAAAUUUGUUGAUAAAACAGUUGUGUCGUAAACUAAGGAAUAAAA